GGGCAGAGAGUGCGCUGCGGGCGGCGGCGGCCCGGAGGCCCGGGAGGCCGCGGCGCGGUCACUGCGAGCCGAGCCGAGCCGAGCCGCGCCGAUCGCCAUCCGGCCCCGGCUCCCGCGCGCGAUCCCGGCCGGCGGCGCGGCCCUGAGGCGCCGCAGCCCAUGGAGCUCGAAAACAUCGUAGCGAACACGGUGCUUCUCAAGGCCCGGGAAGGUGGCAGUGGGAAUCGCAAAGGCAAAAGCAAGAAAUGGCGACAGAUGCUGCAGUUCCCCCACAUCAGCCAGUGCGAGGAGCUGCGGCUCAGCCUCGAGCGUGACUACCACAGCCUGUGCGAGCGGCAGCCCAUCGGGCGCCUGCUGUUCCGAGAGUUCUGUGCGACGAGGCCUGAGCUGACCCACUGCAUUGCCUUCCUGGAUGGGGUGGCUGAGUAUGAAGUGACCCCUGAUGAGAAGAGGAAGGCAUGUGGGCAGCAGCUAAUGCAGAAUUUUCUGAGCCACACGGGUCCUGACCUCAUCCCUGAGAUCCCCCAGCAGAUGGUGACCAACUGUGCGCAGCGGCUAGAGCAGGGGCCCUGCAAAGACCUCUUCCAGGAGCUCACCCGGCUGACUCACGAGUACCUGAGCGUCGCCCCUUUUGCCGACUACCUCGACAGCAUCUACUUCAACCGUUUCCUGCAGUGGAAGUGGCUGGAAAGGCAGCCAGUGACCAAAAACACCUUCAGGCAGUACCGAGUCCUGGGCAAAGGUGGCUUUGGGGAGGUGUGCGCCUGCCAGGUGCGGGCAACAGGCAAGAUGUACGCCUGCAAAAAACUGGAGAAGAAGCGGAUCAAGAAGCGGAAGGGGGAGGCCAUGGCUCUCAACGAGAAGCAGAUCCUGGAGAAAGUGAACAGUAGGUUUGUAGUGAGCUUGGCCUACGCCUAUGAGACCAAGGACGCACUAUGCCUGGUGCUGACGCUGAUGAACGGAGGCGAUCUUAAGUUCCACAUCUACCACAUGGGCCAGGCUGGCUUCUCAGAGGCGCGGGCCGUCUUCUACACUGCGGAGAUCUGCUGCGGCCUGGAGGACCUGCAUCGGGAGCGCAUCGUGUACAGGGACCUGAAGCCAGAGAACAUUCUACUGGAUGACCAUGGUCACAUCCGAAUCUCCGACCUGGGGCUGGCUGUGCACGUGCCUGAGGGCCAGACCAUCAAAGGCCGCGUGGGCACCGUGGGCUAUAUGGCUCCAGAGGUGGUGAAAAAUGAGCGGUACACGUUCAGCCCAGACUGGUGGGCGCUCGGCUGCCUCCUAUACGAGAUGAUCGCUGGCCAGUCGCCCUUCCAGCAGAGGAAAAAGAAGAUUAAGCGGGAGGAGGUGGAGCGGCUGGUGAAGGAAGUGCCUGAGGAGUACUCCGAUCGCUUUUCCCCGCAGGCCCGCUCUCUCUGCUCCCAGCUCCUCUGCAAGGACCCUGCCGAGCGGCUGGGAUGUCGUGGAGGCAGUGCCCGUGAGGUGAAGGAGCACCCCCUCUUUAAGAAACUGAACUUCAAGCGUCUGGGAGCUGGCAUGCUGGAGCCGCCCUUCAAGCCUGACCCCCAGGCCAUUUACUGUAAGGAUGUCCUGGACAUCGAACAGUUCUCCACGGUGAAGGGUGUGGAGCUGGAGCCCACCGACCAGGACUUCUACCAGAAGUUUGCCACGGGCAGCGUGCCUAUCCCCUGGCAGAAUGAGAUGGUGGAAACUGAGUGCUUCCAAGAGCUGAAUGUCUUCGGGCUGGACGGCUCAGUUCCCCCAGACCUGGACUGGAGAGGCCAGCCACCUGCACCCCCCAAGAAGGGACUACUGCAGAGACUCUUCAGCCGCCAGGAUUGCUGUGGGAACUGCAGCGACAGUGACGAAGAGCUCCCCACCCGCCUCUAGCCCUGAGCCUGAGGCCCCCAGCGGUGGUUGGCGGUAGCAGCUACUCCGAGUGCUGUUUACAGUUUUGCACAGUGGUCCUCCCCAUUGUCCACUCAAGGCUUGGCCUGGGGAACACAACUGGAGCUGUCCCCAGUGUCCUUGGCCCCUCAGCCCCUGUUCUGGCUGAGUGUGGCAAGGCCUAGGCUGUCCCGGGGACAAAGGUGCGUCCGUCCCUUCAGCUCUUGUCUGUGGAGCUCGGGGCUUUCCGUAUUUAUGUAUUUGUACGAAUGUAUAUAGCGCCUCGAGCACCCUAAAGACCCACGCUGGAGCUGGCAGAGGGGCCACUGCCAAACUCCCGGCUCCUUGGGCCCCUGGGUGCCCAAGCACUGUGCUCACCACCGCCGACCUCCGAGUGAGAGCAAGACUCAUGCCCACCCUCCUGCCCUGGGCUCAGGCCACCACCUCCGGGGCCCCAUACAGGCCCUUCUCAGCACAGGUCAGAGCUGGGUCUGGGGCCUAUGCCAAAGUGUGACCAGAGACUGGGCUGACCCUGGGGCCCACCAGUCCACUGCCCAGGCUGUCCCAGGCAGGUCUGCCUCUGCCUUCCAGCUCCCAGGGUGCCUCAUAUCACGCUGGGCCCUUUCCUGGACACCCUCUUGCAGAAACACCCCCUCCCAGGUGCGGAGGUUUUCUCUGGCCAACCCUCAAACAUUCCAGACUUCCCUCAUGACAAUA